AUCACUACUAGAAAGCACAAAGUCUCCAACAGCACAACACAUUGGUAAGUAGAGGGUUUACAUUGGAGUAAACAAGCUUCCCACGUUAUACACAUUGAUAAACACUUGUCGGUGUAAGUGGCCUCAGUAGUCAAUGCACUGACGUAUCUUCAAAUCAUGUCGUUAAAUUCAUGAAAUUUAUUGACGUGAGACAAAUUGGAGAGCAAGGUUGUUGGAUCGACGGCAGGUGAAUAGGAAAAUCACCAACUCUUGGUUCUCACGUCGGUAAAUUAUUCAAAUUAAUCGACAUAUGAUUUGAAGGUACAUUAUUCUACUGGAAUAGUGUACAUUUUCUGACGAUACUUUUCCUCCAAACACACGUCGGUGUUUAAUCACUUACUAAUGUAACUAACGUCGAUGAUAAUCAAUUCAUAAUGACCUCUAAAACAAUCCAAAACUUUCUACCAUGUCAAAUACGAAUAAUGGAGGUGAAACAAAAUAUGAACAGAUAUUGACAUAAAAAAUAUGCCCUAAGAGCUAAAUCUAUUAGUCAUAAAUGUACGUGAAAUGUAGCAGAAAACAGAACUUAGGACCUUGAUAUUUUGGGUAAAAAACGGGAUGGUACAUAUCUUUUUUGAAGCUGCUAAUGAUGCCUAGGCAAUAUUAAAGAGGUCUGUGUGUAAUCAAAAGAGUGACUAAAAGGUGCAUUCAGGUGGAGACCUAAGCCUUGGCCAUGUUGUGGUGGUGGUGGUGGAAAUGGAUGCAAACCUGGCUAAAGGGUGAUGCCAUAAAUAGUGAGAGUAGCUGCAACAAACUGUGCAAUCAUCUAAGUCAUGUUAUUCUCCGCCUUUGCCAUUUGUGUCACGCCCCAGAACCCAAAUCCGAGGCGCGACAGACGCCGUACACUCGUGAGACGGGUCCCACAAAUGCACAAGGCUCGGAACUUACUCAACAAAAUUAGUUUUGAUACCAUAAAAUUUCCGAUUAAAAUCUAAAUUACAAGAGCGCGGAGUACAUGUAUCUAAAUCUAUGUCAAAUCUCAAGUGGCUAGCCUUUUAUCACGUCACUCCCCUUGAUUUCCGAGUCUCGGGGCACACUACCUGAAAUGGUGGACGAGAAAAACGAGAUGAGAUAACUCAGUAAGUAAAAUAUGAAUUGCCCUUAAUUAAACUUACAGCAUGCCAACAAGUGCAAUCACGAAAAACGGAUACAGUACAGGCACGAAAUAGACGUCUCCUCUAUAGGUCACGGCCAGUGUUAUAAACCUCCCACUGGCAGGCUACAGAAAUUACUAGUGUAUAAUCCCCACUAGUAGGGCCACGAGCGAACCGGUUCUAUCACGAACAUGUCGACAUGUGCUAGCGUUUAUAAACCUCCCACUAGCGGGCACACGAAUACAUGACCAUAU